AUGCCUUUAGUGCAAUAUUCGGAUUCUGAGUCUGACACGGAUGAGGUCCAAACUCUGGCACCGUCAGCCAAGAGGCCCUGUCCCAAUCGAGUAACCUUGAACAGGACCCCAUCAACUCUGCCUCCCCUGCCAGCCACAUUCCAUGAUUUAUAUGCCUCAACUACACGUAUCAGCACACAGGAUGACCCCAGUCUUCAUGGUGGCCGGAAGAGGGUUAUUCCUCACAUUGAAGGAAACUGGCCGACUCAUCACUAUCUUGAAUUUUAUCCAUCAAAAGAGGAUCUUCCUCUCCUUGAAAAUCUGAUACCCUCGGUUUCAUCGUCACAAUCAGGGAUUCAAAGUCUCUUACAUAGCGAUCUUGGUGCUCAACUACCACUCCAUAUCAGUCUUUCCAGACCUGUUGUUCUCCGUACUGAGCAGCGCAGCUCGUUCGAAAAAUUGUUACAAAAUGCGAUUGAGAAAUCUCAGAUAUCACCGUUUGCAUUGACACCCGAUGGCCUGAAAUGGGUAUCCAACUAUGAGGCAACACGCUGGUUUCUUGUGCUUCAUGUUGCAAAGCCAGAAAAUGACAAUUUGAAUAGGCUAUUGCAUCUUUGUAAUCGCGCACUUGCUCGAUUCGAUCAGCCUCCUCUCUAUGCGUCCCGUAGCACUCCAGAAUCCAAGGACUUCUCGGACUGCUUUCAUAUCUCACUUGCAUGGGCACUGAAAGAGCCAAGUCAAGAAGAUAAAGAUCUUGUUGCAGCAACGGACUUGAAAUCAUUACAGAAUCUUCGGAUCUGGUUUGAUAGCGUCAAGAUCAAGAUUGGAAAUAAUGUCUCCAGUAUACUUUUGCCAACGGAUGCAUGA